AUUAUUUUAUAUUUAUAUAUAUAUCAGUGCUGGUUUCACGAUAUUAUUUUUGUUUAUUAUAAUAAAAAAUGCAACGUCGUCAUCCAUCAUCUCAUUUAUCAUCAACGCCUUAUACACGAAAACGAACACAUUUAAAACCAAGUCAAGUUGCUGUCCUUCAAGAAUCAUUUGUUACUAAUGCUUUACCUGAUGCUGCUAUGCGUAGUAAUCUCGCCCGGGAACUGGAAGUCAGUGAACGUACUAUUCAAAUUUGGUUUCAAAAUCGACGGGCUAAAGCUCGUAAAUCAGAAGCUUAUUCUAUUGGACAUGGUAUGUCUUCUUUAGUACCAAAUGUUCGUACUGGUUGGAUCGAACCUCCUCCAAGAUCUCCUUCAAAAUAUCAACCUACUUUUCGUUCUUUGAUUACUCCUCAACGUUAUGAAGAAACAACAAAUUAUAAUACUCGAACUCGAUCAUCAAGUUCAAGACCUGAAAAACAAUUUGAUCUUAUCGCUUGUCCACCUACAAGAGCCAUGUCCGAAGGAACUGAUCGUCAAGUACUUCAACUCUCUCUUCCUGUAAAUGCAUUACGUAUUGGUAGUUGGGCUAGAUUCAUGUCCUUAACAUUACAAAAUGAAUGGGAUCUUGUAUGUUAUUGUCAUCCUUUGGAACGUAUGAUGGUAUGGCAAGUAGAAGAUGGUGGACAUAAAUUUCGUAUUGAACUGGACUUUGAUCAAAUCAUUCAAAUUCGACUUGGACAAAUGACAACAAUCGACAACAAUAAUAAUAAUUCAAUGAUGGGACAAUUGGAAGUGGAUGUACAUCAAGUUCGUUUUGGUAUGUGUCGCUCUACAGAAAAUGUUUGGGUACAAUGUGGUGAUUUUUCUGAAAACAAACAAGCUAGUGUUGAAACGAUGCAUAUCCUGCAAGGCAACUACGAUGCAUUGAAGCAUGCUUUACUGGAUAUUACGGCUAUGGUAUCGGAAUUGUCUCCCAAAUUGGUAUUACCUCCUUCUUCCUUGGCUACUCUUGGUGAUCCUUUAUCCUUGUCUCCUUCUGCAACACCUGAACCUUCUUCAUCUUCUUGUUCUUCCAACCAGAUUCUUGUUUUAGAUCAUCCUUCUCUACCAAUCUCUUCUUCAACUAUGACUGAUUUUGGUUCUUGUAUGGCUGGUACUUUCAAGAAAAACACAAUGACCUCUCCUGCUACUCAACAGCUUCUGACUACUUCUCCUUCUUCUUCAACUACUUCAUCAUCUUCUUCAUCAUCGUCAUCUUCUUCAUCAGCUUCUUCUCGUGCUUCUUCUUUUGGCGUUUCUACUUUUCAAGGUUUCAUGCAUCCUUCUUCCCCUUCUACUCUAAAUCAAUGGUUAUUGGAUCCAAAAUUAUCUUCUUUAUAUCUCCCACCUGAUUCUUCUCCUGGUUCCUUCCAACGUCAUCCACCUCCUCCACCUUUUGAACAAAUGCAACAAUACUAUAUGCAAAUGUUACAGCAACAACAGCAACAACAACAACAACAACAACAACAGCAGCAGCAGCAGCAACAGCAACAGCAGCAGCAACAGCAACAGCAACAGCAACAGCAAGCUACAUUUAUGUGA